AUGGGAAAACUAUGCCUGGGGCCCGCGCCUGGCCGUGUAGCUGCGGCGUUGGAGGCGGAGGCGGAGCGCUGCUGAGAGCUUCUUCGCUCCGGACGCCCCUGGACGUGGCCUACGUCUGCUAGGGUGGCCACCAUGAUCUCCUGGGUGCUCUUGGCCUGUGCCCUUCCCUGUGCUACUGACCCACUACUUGGUGCCUUCGCCCGCAGGGACUUCCAGAAGGGCUCCCCUCAACUCAUCUGCAGCCUACCUGGCCCUCAGGGCCCACCCGGUCCUCCAGGAGCCCCAGGGCCCUCAGGAAUGGUGGGAAGAAUGGGCUUUCCUGGCAAAGAUGGCCAGGAUGGCCAGGAUGGGGACCGGGGGGACAGUGGAGAGGAAGGUCCACCUGGCCGGACAGGCAACCGAGGAAAGCCAGGACCAAAGGGCAAAGCUGGGGCCAUUGGGCGGGCUGGCCCUCGCGGCCCCAAGGGAAUCAGUGGUGCCCCAGGAAAGCAUGGCACACCAGGCAAGAAGGGGCCCAAAGGCAAAAAGGGGGAGCCAGGCCUCCCAGGCCCCUGCAGCUGUGGCAGUGGCCAUGCCAAGUCUGCCUUCUCUGUGGCAGUGACCAAGAGCUACCCACGGGAGCGCCUGCCCAUCAAGUUUGACAAGAUCCUGAUGAAUGAAGGUGGCCACUACAAUGCAUCCAGUGGCAAGUUUGUCUGUGGUGUGCCAGGGAUCUACUACUUCACCUAUGACAUCACACUGGCCAAUAAGCACCUGGCCAUCGGCCUGGUGCAUAAUGGUCAGUACCGCAUCCGGACCUUUGAUGCCAACACAGGCAACCAUGAUGUGGCCUCAGGCUCCACCAUCCUGGCUCUCAAGCAGGGUGAUGAAGUCUGGCUGCAGAUCUUCUACUCGGAGCAGAAUGGGCUCUUCUAUGACCCUUACUGGACCGACAGCCUCUUCACGGGCUUCCUCAUCUACGCCGACCAGGACGACCCCAAUGAGGUGUAG